AGGACGGCGAAUGGAUCGCUGGCGUCGUGACCGCCGCCUGCGGUCCUGAGCUCAAGGUGCUGAGCUUCGGACGCUUCUUCAAGGGCCUGGUGCUGGACCGCGACUCCGCGUGCCUCAUGCAGAGGCCCGAGGCGCCCCUGCUGGACGAGCUGCCCCUGGGGCUCUCCGCGGGCCGCAGCGGCGGAGGGAGUGCCUCGCUGCCGCCGGCGCUGCAGGGCGAGCCCAGCCCAGACCGCGCCGCUGCCGCAGAAACGCCGGCCGGGUGCCCGGGGCUGGAACAGCUGCAAGGCGCAGGGCAGCGCAGUCGCAGCUGCAGUCGCAACGGGUUUGGCGCGGUCCACACGGACGGGUCCCGCCGAUGCAUCCUGGAGGAGGUGUGGGACGCCCGGCAGCCCGUGGGCUGGCUGGCCGCCGGGGCCGCGCACGCUUCGCGGUUGCAGAACGCGGCCACGUCACCUUCAGCGGGGUCCUCUUCAUCCCGCUGCCGCGGGUCGAGCAGCCCGGGCCCAGGGGUGGAGCCGAGCGCGGCUCCCCCCGCGGCCUCCGCGGCGCGGCUGAAGCUCAGCCGGCGGGCCGCGCGGAGGGGGCUCGGGAGGAGCGCGGCCGCGAGGAGCGUCUCCUGCGACUCGCUGGUCAGCGGGGGCGUCCUGCUCGCUGGGGGCCUCCGCUACUCGCUCGAGGCGUCCCUGGGGUCGCGGCAGGAGGC